AUGCUCAUGAGGAAAGUGCCCGGCUUCGUCCCGGCCUCUCCGUGGGGGCUGCGGCUGCCGCAGAAGUUCCUCUUCCUUCUCUUCCUCUCGGGCCUCGUCACCCUGUGCUUCGGGGCCCUCUUCCUGCUGCCCCACUCUUCUCGCCUCAAGCGCCUCUUCCUGACCGCCCGGACCCAGCAGCCCGGCCUGGAGGUGGUGGCCGAAAUCGCCGGCCAUCCCCCGGCCCGCGAUCAGGAACCGCCUCCCAACCCGGCCCCCGCUGUGCCGGCCCCGGGCGAGGACGACCCCAGCAGCCGGGCCAAUCCCCGACGCAGGAAAGGGUGGCUGCGGCGCACCCGCCCCACGGGGCCCCGGGAAGAGGCCACCGUGGCCCGGGGCAAUGGCAUCGCGGCCCUCAGGCCCGGGGAGGAGAGCGCCCCGUCCAGCUUUGACUUCAACGCGUUCCGCAGCCGCCUCCGCCACCCAGUCCUGGGGACCAGGGCCGAUGAGAGUAAGGCGUCCCAGAGCCGAGUGCGAGCCCAGCGGGAGAAAGUCAAGGAGAUGAUGCAGUUUGCCUGGCAGAGCUACAAGCGUUAUGCAAUGGGGAAAAACGAGCUCCGUCCACUGACAAAAGACGGCUAUGAGGGUAACAUGUUUGGAGGCCUCAACGGGGCCACAAUCAUUGAUUCCCUUGACACCCUCUACCUCAUGGAGCUGAAGGAAGAGUUCCAGGAGGCCAAGGCCUGGGUCGAGGAGAGCUUCCACCUGAAUGUGAGUGGAGAAGCAUCCUUGUUUGAGGUGAAUAUCCGCUUCAUCGGAGGUCUGCUCUCAGCCUUCUACCUGACGGGAGAAGAGGUGUUCCGAAUAAAGGCCAUCAAGCUUGGAGAAAAACUCCUGCCAGCCUUCAAUACCCCCACUGGAAUCCCAAAGGGUGUUGUGAACUUCAAAAGUGGGAGCUGGGGCUGGGCCACUGCAGGCAGCAGCAGCAUCCUGGCGGAGUUUGGGUCCCUGCACUUGGAAUUCUUACACCUCACCGAGCUUUCUGGCAACCAGGUCUUUGCAGAAAAGGUCAGGAACAUCCGCAAAGUCCUCAGGAAGAUCGACAAGCCCUUUGGCCUGUACCCCAACUUUCUCAGCCCCGUGAGCGGGAACUGGGUACAACACCACGUCUCAGUUGGAGGACUCGGCGACAGUUUUUAUGAAUAUUUGAUCAAAUCCUGGUUGAUGUCAGCCAAGACAGAUAUGGAGGCUAAAAAUAUGUACUACGAAGCCUUGGAGGCAAUAGAGACCUACUUGCUGAAUGUCUCUCCGGGGGGGCUGACCUACAUUGCCGAGUGGCGAGGGGGGAUUCUGGACCACAAGAUGGGGCACCUGGCCUGUUUCUCCGGGGGCAUGAUCGCCCUCGGUGCUGAGGACGCCGAGGAAGAAAAGAGGGCCCACUACCGGGAGCUCGCAGCCCAGAUCACCAAGACGUGCCACGAGUCAUACGCCCGCUCAGAUACCAAACUGGGGCCCGAGGCCUUCUGGUUUAACUCUGGCCGAGAGGCGGUGGCCACCCAGCUGAGCGAGAGCUACUAUAUCCUGCGGCCCGAGGUGGUGGAGAGUUACAUGUACCUGUGGCGGCAGACCCACGACCCCAUCUACAGGGAGUGGGGCUGGGAAGUGGUGAUGGCCUUAGAGAAAUACUGUCGGACGGAAGCCGGUUUCUCUGGGAUCCAAGACGUGUACAGUAGCAUUCCCAACCACGAUAACAAGCAGCAGAGUUUCUUUCUAGCAGAGACACUCAAGUACCUCUAUCUUCUGUUCUCUGAAGAUGACUUGCUGUCCCUGGAAGACUGGGUGUUCAACACCGAGGCCCACCCGCUCCCAGUGAACCACUCGGACAGCUCCAGCAGGGCCUGGGGCAGACAAUGACCCUGUCGCCCCACUGCUCCAGGGCUGCCACAGGGAUGCCUUGCCUUUUCGGGAUUUGGGACUGUUCUCAAAGGAAUUGGGAACGUAGGCCCUGUCCCAGUCAGACUCCAGGCAGAUGUGUCGGACAAGCCAUUUUUCCUCUGUGAGGAGACAGGACUUGGAGAUGCAACGAUGUCAGACAAGGGCCAUGGAAACACCCGGUCCAGACAUUCCUUUCUACGAGAAUUUCUAUGAAACCCACUACCUUGCCAUUCCAGGGCCAAGGACUGAAGUUUUGUGUAUCAGCCCCGUGUAUUCAAUUCACUUUGUUUUGGUUUUUGGUUGUUUUUGCUUGAUUUUGCCUUUUCUCUACAGAUUAGUUUUAUCACAAUUUUAAAUAUAGUUUCAAAACCAUGUGCUUUUUAAAACGGUGUCAUCCUGAUAAACAAAACCUUCAAGUGUUUGCACACACACAGAAUCUUGAACCCGUUAUCUAUAUUUUAAAAGCCUUUUGCCCAACAUUUACUCUGUGUUCAACUAUGUGCCAUUUACCUUAUCGUUUGAAGAG